AUGAUAUUUGACGAUAAAGCCGGUGCCGAUCUGGUUGUGCGUGUUCCUGGUGGCGUUUUCUGCUUCAUCACACUCGCCACCAUCGGAUUCGGGGACUUCGUGCCCGCACAGGUGAAGAUAUACAAAAAUAAGUGUGUUUUUUUAGCCUACCUGGACGCUGCCUAUUUCUGCUUCAUCACACUCACCACCAUCGGAUUCGGGGACUUCGUGCCCGCACAGGUGAAGAUAUACAAAAAUAAGUGUGUUUUUUUAGCCUACCUGGACGCUGCCUAUUUCUGCUUCAUCACACUCACCACCAUCGGAUUCGGGGACUUCGUGCCUGCACAGGGUCAAAGUCUGGAAGAUCCAGCGGCUGCAGUCCACUCCAUAGCGCUUUGCUCUCUGUACCUGCUGUUCGGUAUAGCAUUACUGGCCAUGUCGUUCAACUUGGUGCAGGAGGAGGUGCGGGCCAACGUCGCCUCCCUGGCCACAAAGCUUGGCAUAAUCAAGCCAAGGGACCAGCACAACGACACCGACACUGAUUACUGACUUUCAAUUUUUAUAUAAUUAUUAAAGAGUAAUUUUAUAUGGUAAUUUUAUACAAGUUUAUGGGGAUCGGCGGUACCCUCAGACUAAAGUCGUAUCCGUCAGGAGGGAGUUGUCCUCCAGCCGCUCCAUAAGUCCUUCCGCGGGUUUGGAGUGCCAUCUGCACUCGCCCCA